GUGUGGGAGGACCCGCCACCCCAGGCUCUCCCAAAGGCAUAAGGGCAGCUCACUUUGUGGGAGCCAGAAGCGGGAAAGAGGGCUGAGUGAGCUGUGGUUUGUGGGGGCAAUGGGAGCCCCAAGAAAGGAUGAGCGGCAGGAUGUCAGAAAAGCCCAGACAGACUUCGAUGAACAGAGGCCGAGUGAAGGGAGCAGGACCAGAACACCCAACACGGCAACAGCAACGGCCUGGGAUGAUCCGCUGGUGGACUUGGCCCUUCUCAGCAACGGGGUGGCCCGGGCCAAGUCCAAUGGACGUGGGAUGGAAAGUGCCAUCCACCUCCAGAGAGGACCAUCGAGUCGGGAUGCCCGGCUUUUUUGUGUUUUUUCUGUUUUUUGUUUUCUUACGGAUUUUCCCUUUUCCUCUAAUUCCUCUUUUACGACAUGACUAAUGUGGAAAUAAGUUUAAAAUAAUUGUGCUUCUAUAACUUAUGUCAGAUUGCUUGUUUGGGGGAAGGGGAAGGAAAGGAAGAGAGGAGAAAACAACCAAAGUGAAUGUUGAAAACUAUAUAUAUAAAGUGAAAAAAAUACUAAGUGAAAAUACAAUAAAAUGGGAGCCCCACAGCCCUGCCUAGUGCCAGCCUCACACGGCCGUUCUGACACUCAGGAGCCCUGGCUUUAGGACCAGAAGAGCCCAAAGAGACCAAUUCCUACCUUUAACAGAUGAGGAAACUGAGGCAUGGGGAGGUUCAUGUGAAGCAGACCUCUGUGUCAGUCAGUAGAAUGUUUGGAGCUUUGUCACACACUUUUCCAAACCUAUGUAAGCACCACUAAUACACACAAGCUCACAUUUAUAGAGCACCUUAAAUUACUUCAAGAACCUAUAUAAAUGUCAGUUAAAAAAAAGUCCACACUUUUCCAAAACACUUAAAGGUCAGCAUACAUUAUUCCGUUUAGGCCUCGCAACCUCCUGGGGUUGUUGCUACCUUUAUCGCAACUUUAGAGAUAAGGACACUGAGGUCCUUAUCGGGCCACUUUCACGGGGUCAGCCAGCUAGGGAGUAGCCAGAAUGCCCACGGCCAGAGGAGGAAGGGCCUGGCCUCCUCCCCACCACUGGCUCCUCCCAGGGCAGGGCUGGGGGGCUUCCUCCCCUUGCCCCACGACUCACACAGAAGCUGUGGGAGCCAGCAAACGCCCCACAAUAAAAAGCCCAAGGUAGGUCAUGGAGUCACUGAGCUGGAGGGGGCCAAGGCCUCAAAGGCCAGGAAGAGGCGGCGGGCCCUGGACACGAGUCACAAAAAGCCGGGUUCUUCAUCACUUGCUAGCUGUGGGAGCCAGGGCAAGGUACGUCAUACCUUGGGGUCUCAGCUUGUGGUAAACGGAGCACUGGACCCAAUGGCCAGUCAGGCCUGCCAGCCCAGUCCAACCCAAAUUUGCUCCCAAGGAGCAAACAAAGGUCAGGUAAGUGACAGGCCCACAGUCACACAGGGAGUCAGAGAAAAGCCUACAUUCACUUCCCAGACCUGAAUCUCAAGCCAGCACUCUCCCUGAACCAGACUGCGUCCUGUCUAAAUGCCAGCUGCUCAGGGGACGGUCACUCGUGUGUGUCUGUGUCUGUCUCCCCAUCCAUCUCUAUGUCUCUGUCUCUAUCUCUGUGUCUCUCUUCCUUUCCUCUUUGUCUCUAUUUCUGUGUUUCUCUGUAUCUCUAUCUCUUGUAUGUCUCUCCUGUCUCUAUCUCUGUUUCUCUGUAUCUCUAUCUCUUGUGUGUCUCUCCUGUCUCUAUCUCUGUGUCUGUGUCUAUCUAUUGUGUCUCUCCUCUCUGUCUCAAUCUCUGUGUCUUUGUCUGUCUCUUUCCUAUCUCUCUGUGUCUCUCUGUCUCUGUUUACCUCUGUCUGUCUAUGUCUCUGUCUCUCUUCUGUCUCAAUUUCUGUGUCUUUCCUCUAUUUCCUUUCUAUCUCUGUGUCUCUCUGUCUCUGUUUAUCUGUGUCUCUGUCUCUCUGUCUCUAUCUGUUUACCUCUAUGUCUGUCUAUGUCUCUGUUUAUCUCUGUCUCUGUCUGUCUCUCUCUCUUCUCUGUCUCAAUCUGUGUGUCUUUCUCUAUUUCCUCUCUGUCUCUGUUUAUCUCUGUGUCUCUCUGUCUCUAUCUGUUUACCUCUAUGUCUGUCUAUGUCUCUGUUUAUCUCUGUCUCUGUCUCUCUUCUCUGUCUCAAUCUGUGUGUCUUUCUCUAUCUCCUCUCUAUCUCUGUUUAUCUCUGUGUCUCUUUGUCUCUUAUCUGUUUACCUCUAUGUCUAUGUCUCUGUUUAUCUCUCUCUCUCUUUUCUCUGUCUCAAUCUGUGUGUCUUUCUCUAUUUCCUCUCUAUCUCUGUUUAACUCUGUGUCUCUGUGUCUCUAUCUGUUUAACUCUAUGUCUGUCUAUGUCUCUGUUUAUCUCUGUCUUUGUCUUUCUCCUGUCUCAAUCUCUGUGUCUUUCUCUAUUUCCUCUCUAUCUCUGUGUCUCUUUGUCUCUGUUUAUCUCUGUGUCUCUGUCUCUAUCUGUUUACCUCUAUGUCUAUGUUUCUGUUUAUCUCUGUCUCUCUUCUUUGUCUCAAUCUGUCUUUCUCUAUUUCCUCUCUAUCUCUGUUUAUCUCUGUGUCUCUUUGUCUCUUAUCUGUUUACCUCUAUGUCUAUGUCUCUGUUUAUCUCUCUCUCUCUUUUCUCUGUCUCAAUCUGUGUGUCUUUCUCUAUCUCCUCUCUAUCUCUGUUUAUCUCUGUGUCUCUUUGUCUCUUAUCUGUUUACCUCUAUGUCUAUGUCUCUGUUUAUCUCUCUCUCUCUUUUCUCUGUCUCAAUCUGUGUGUCUUUCUCUAUCUCCUCUCUAUCUCUGUUUAUCUCUGUGUCUCUUUGUCUCUUAUCUGUUUACCUCUAUGUCUAUGUCUCUGUUUAUCUCUCUCUUUUCUCUGUCUCAAUCUGUGUGUCUUUCUCUAUUUCCUCUCUAUCUCUGUUUAACUCUGUGUCUCUGUGUCUCUGUGUCUCUAUCUGUUUAACUCUAUGUCUGUCUAUGUCUCUGUUUAUCUCUUUGUCUUUCUCUCUUCUGUCUCAAUCUCUGUGUCUUUCUCUAUUUCCUCUCUAUCUCUGUGUCUCUUUGUCUCUGUUUAUCUCUGUGUCUCUCUGUCUCUAUCUGUUUACCUCUAUGUCUGUCUAUGUUUCUGUUUAUCUCUGUCUCUCUUCUUUGUCUCAAUCUGUCUUUCUCUAUUUCCUCUCUAUCUCUGUUUAUCUCUGUCUCUCUGUCUCUUAUCUGUUUACCUCUAUGUCUAUGUCUGUUUAUCUCUCUCUUCUCUGUCUCAAUUUCUAUGUCUUUCUCUAUUUCCUCUCUAUCUCUGUGUCUCUCUGUCUCUGUUUAUGUGUCUCUGUCUCUCUGUCUCUAUCUGUUUACCUCUUAUGUCUGUCUAUGUCUCUGUUUAUCUCUGUCUCUGUCUCUCUCUCUCUUCUCUGUCUCAAUCUCGGUGUCUUUCUCUGUUUCCUCUCUAUCUCUGUGUCUCUCUGUCUGUUUAUCUCUGUGUCUCUGUCUCUAUCUUUGUGAUUCUGUUUCCUCUCUCUCUGUGUCUUUCUCUUCUCCUGUCCCUCUCCUGUCUGGAAGUCGCAGCUGUGGGGCACACAGAGGGAGGCUAAGUCACUCCUGACUCAAGCUCCUUUCUCCCAUUCUGCUUCCGGGGGAGGGAUGCCCCCCCCCAGCAGCCGGCCUGUACAAGCACCCCAAGAUGAGCAGAGCGCUUCACAAAGAGGGCUUUCUUCGAAGCCGGAGGGGAGGGCUCCCCCACUUCACACUGAGACGAGCAGGGGGGAGUGACUUGCCCAGGGUCACCCGCUUUCAGCCUCUGCGGCAGGACUGGAAGGCAGGUCUCGCCAGCCACCUUCCGAGCCGAGCUUGUGUUUGAGGGCCUCACGGGGGGCCAAGGGCUCGGCUCUCCUUUGCCCCUCACAACAAGACUUCCUCGGAGGGGGCGAGUCUUGCCUGGAGCCCAGGUUUUCCUGAGCCUGACUCCAUCUCUCUCGUGCCCAGACCACGGGGGAGAACCAGCCAGGUCACUCACUUGGGGAGUGGGCCACCAAGUAAGGGGGAUGCCAGAUCCCCGGCCCCAACAGCGGCCUGGAAAGGGCCCUCGAGCCAGCGGCUCCCCACGACCCCGGAGAAGGCAGGCCAGCCCUGUGGCUGGCGCCCCUCCCUGCCUGUGGGAGGGAUCCCGUGACUGCUCCUUCUGAAGCACCCCGGGCCAGUCCCGGGCAGGCGGAGGGGGAGAGCCGGGCCAGCCGGGGUCCGGAACCCCAGUCUGGCCCUCGCUGCUCAGCAGCCACAUGAAUCACGAGAUGUUUCGGGCCGGGACCAGUCCAAGACUCGCCCUCUGGCUACCCUGCUCUCGGGGAAGCCUCCGCCGCCGGAGAGGUCCGCUCUGAGAGGAGCGACCCCGUGUCCCACACCCGUGCCAGCGCUCAGCACCCUGCGAGGCCGGGCGACCAAUGGCUGAGGGAGACUGCAGCAGACGGGCGUGGCUGGUCCAGCACCACACGGCCGGAAGCGCCCAGGGCCCGGCUCAGGUCUUCCAGACUCAGGCCCAGGCGCUUCUCCGACCCCGCUGGUGCGGCCUGAGUAAUCCUUCCCCGCUGCCCGAUUUCUCAUCUGUAAACUUGGAAAUGAGGGCCCUCCUCCCAGAGCCUUGGUGAGGGAGGAGCAGCGAGCUCACACUGGUAAAGCGCCCCGGGGCCUGCACACACCCAGAGGGCUGGCCGGGGCCCAGGGGACGAGGACUGGUCCUGAGACGGGAGGACCUGAGCCAAAAUCUGGCCUCCAACACGCGGUGCUCCCUAGCCGGGUGACCCUGGCAGUGACUUCACCUCACCAAAAACGCCACGACCCCAUCAACGUUCCUGGUUCCCGCCGCCCUUUACCAGCCGGCCGGGGGGCACCAUCCCCGAGCACCGCCCUCUCCCACAGCGUGCUCCCCGAGUCCUCCCUCCCCCGGGCCCGGCCCCACCAGGUAUGUUCUGUUUGUGACUCCGUGAGGAUGAAGCCAGUGUCAGAACCGUGGGCUGCCCCCUCCCCACAGCUAGCACUGCUCAGCAGAUUGGAGGGAAAUGCAGAAAUGGAAAAAAUCCCACACCUCUCUUCCCAGAGGGGGGGCUGCGGGUCCGGACCCCCGCCUGUCCCGGCUGACGUGCAGCUUGAGUUCUGCAGGGCCGCCCCCUCCUCCCGCACCCACUUUUUUAGGCUUUGAUCUGAAGGGCCGCUGGGGGCCGGAUGAAUUAGAAGCGAGGGUGCUAUAGGAAGCAGAGGUCAAGGAGAACCUUUGCGAAGACUUGCAUGAGUUGGGAAGGGCCCGGUGAGAUCUCCCGGACCCCGGCGACUCUGCCCAAUGUCAGCCGGCAGAGACAGGCAAACCCCACGUGCUGGGUGCAGGACCAGCCCUCUCUGGCCCGUGCUCCAGCUCCGGGGAAGCCCCACGGGGCAGAAAAGGGGCCUCCCAUUACCCAUACAUAUAACUUGUAAAUAAAAAGCUAUUAAAAAAAAAAAAAAAAAGGAAAGGAAAGGGGCCUCCCUCGUCCUCGCGCGCAGAGAAGUCGCCGAACCCGGAGCGGCGGGCACGGAACCGCCCGGAAGCCUCCGGACCCCACUCGUAACUCUGGCCUGCGGCGGCUUCCCGACACUCGGGUAACGCAGAACAAGGCACUCCCCAGAGCCAGAGAGCUCCCGUCCGGAGCCUCGCGACGCCGCCUCAUCUGCCACAGGGAGACCACGGGGAGCGCUUCCAGUUGGGCCCGUCCAGGACUUGAGGAACGGAUCUCAAAGCUCACUGCAUUUGGCAGUCCAGGGGACCGAGUUCAAAUCCACCUCAGAUGCUUACUCGUUAGCCGGGUGACCCUAGCUUAUGACCGCUCUGAGCUGCAGCUUUCUCAGACGUAAACGGGAACAGCUCGAUCCAGAUCGGAAGGGACCUCAAAGGCCAGAAAGUCCAAGUCCCUCAUUUUACAGAGGAGGAAACUGAGGCAGAAGUCAGUCACCCAGGGUCCAAAAGGCAUUCACACCGGAGCCCUCCCAGUCCAAACCCCGUAUUCCCAGCACCCCCUCCGUGCUGCCUGGAAAGAGGCAAAUUGAGGACAAAUAAACAGCAAGUGAUGUCACCCAGCAGGUGGCCAACAUAUGAACUGCAUUAGGCUCCUGGCAUGUCCCCUCCCCGUUCUGGUUUGACAGACGGAGGGGCCCAGAGGGGGGAGUCUCUGAUCCACUGGCUCCCAGGCCAGUCCAUCCCACCAGCUCGAGGAACAGUUUCUGGCUCUCUGACCCUGGUCAGGGCGACGGUCAGGCCAGAGGAGCGAAGCUCACAUUUCUGGGCUUCCCUGGGGCCCCGUUAGCCCGCCAGCCCUCCGGCCUCGCAUCAGCUGCAGGCAAAGUUCCCCGUAAUCCCCCUCUGAGGGGUUCCCAGAGGCUGGGGAGCGGGGUGGGAGGGGGCAGAGCCACUAGUGGAAGCAGCAGGGAGGUCCUGAGCUAACCCUUUCCCCAUUCUGGAGCAGGGGAAGAUCAGGCAGGAAAGAGAGGAAGGGGGCGGCAAGAAAGGAAAGCACACCAAUCCAGAAAAAUGCAGCCCGAGCCAGAAAAUGUCAGCGGCGGCUCUCCAAGAGAGGGAAAUGAUUCAAGGGGACAAGCGGCCCCAGAGACCAGGGGAGGCCCGAGGGCCCAGAGAUAGCCCGCUCCGG